AUGUCCAUCCCUCGCGACGCCUACAGCGUCUCGUCAUCUCAGGCGUCUACCGUCACCCCCUUCGGCACCGACGGCACCGACAUUGCCUCGUCCGUCGCCUCGCUCGACUCUUCCAUCCCUACGUCCCCCGAGCCCUCCGACAUUGGCGAUGAGGACAAGCUUCCCUUUGUCUCGCACAAGGACCGUCGUGGCCCCAACGGCUACCGCUUUGCCACUCAGUGUGCCACCGUAGACGAUCCCAACCACAAGGAUCAGUAUGGCUCCUCGUCGACCCCCAUCUACAUGUCCGCCACCUUCAAGGGUCUUCCCGGUGCCGAGUUCGACUACUCUCGUUCGGGCAACCCUACUCGUUCCAUGCUCCAGCACCAUCUCUGCCAGCUCCAGAACUGCAAGUACAGCUUUGCCGUCUCGAGCGGUAUGGCCUGUCUCGAUGUCAUCACCCGCAUUGUCAAGGCGGGCGAGCGCAUCAUCGCCGGUGACGACCUGUACGGUGGUACCAACCGUCUUCUCGGCUACCUCGCUUCGCAUCAGAACAUUCACACCGACCACGUCGACACCACCGACGCCUCCAAGGUGGAGGAGAUGCUCCAGAAGCGAAGCCAAGACGCUGCUGCCGGCAAGUGCGGCAAGGUGAGCAUGGUCCUCCUCGAAACGCCCACCAACCCCUGUCUCAAGAUUUGCGAUCUUCGGAGAUGCGCUGCCGCCGCUAAAAAGUGGGCGCCCGAUGCCGUUGUCGUUGUGGACAACACCAUGAUGUCACCCUACCUCAUGCGUCCACUCGAGCUCGGUGUGGAUGUCGUCUACGACUCGGGCACCAAGUACCUCUCCGGCCACCACGAUCUUAUGGCCGGUGUGAUUGCUUGCGACCGUGACGACCUUGGCAAGCAGAUUGCUUUCACCAUCAACUCGAUCGGCAACGCCCUCACUCCCAUGGACUCGUUCCUCCUGCUUCGUGGUAUCAAGACCCUCGCUGUACGCAUGGAUCGUCAACAGGCUUCGGCCAUCACCGUCGCUCACUACCUCGACUCGCUCGGUUUCAAGGUCAACUACCCAGGCCUUGCAUCUCACCCUUCCAAGGCGGUGCACGACAAGCAGGCUGCUGGACCUGGUUCGGUGCUCAGCUUCACCACUGGCGACAAGGCGCUCUCGGAACGCAUCGUCGGCGCCACCCGUCUGUGGGGCAUCUCGGUCUCGUUCGGAUGCGUCAACAGUCUCAUCUCGAUGCCCUGUCUCAUGUCGCACGCCUCCAUCGACCCCAAGGUGCGUGCUGCUCGAGGCAUGCCCGAGGACCUCAUCCGUCUCUGUGUCGGUAUCGAGGACGAGCGAGACUUGCUCGAUGAUCUUGAGAACGCUCUGCUCCAGGCCGGUGCUAUCCGCCGCAAGCCCUCAAGCCGAUCGACCCACCUCGGAUCCACCACCGAGAGCUCCCGCGCCGCAUCGCCAGAUCCCAUCGCGUACGAGCGCACCCCUUUGCAUACCGGCGAGCCCGCUCAGCAGGACAAGGUCGGCAGCUUGGUCGACGAUAUGAACCGCGCAAAGCUCGAGACUCGCGGCGGUGAAGGGGAACCUCGCCUCGCCCAGGAUCAUCCGCCGCCGACCUCCGUCGUUGUCAGCGCCCCUGGCAAGGUGAUUCUCUUCGGCGAGCAUGCCGUGGUGCAUGGUGUCACUGCUGUCGCUGGAUCCGUGGCGCUGCGUUGCUAUGCCAGUGUCUCUCCGCGUGAAGACGGCAACAUCUCGCUCGACUUGCCUGACCUCGGUGUGAUCCACACUUGGAACAUCAAGGAGCUGCCCUGGUCAGCCGUGCCCAAGUCGAUCCAGGCCAGCGGCGCUGUUCCUGACUCGCUGGACGCCGGACUGGUCAGCGCCAUCGAGAAGGUCGUCGGCGACACGGUCAACGAGAGCGAGAGGAGCCAUGCCGCUUCGAUCGCCUUCCUCGUGCUGUACAUGUGCAUCGUUGGCGAGUCUGAUGCUCGAGCUCAGGCCUUUGUGCUGCGUUCGGCUCUGCCGAUUGGUGCUGGCCUCGGAUCCAGUGCUGCGCUCAGCUCAUGUGUUGCUGCGGCUCUCACCAUCUUGUACGGCCGCAUCCCUGCGCCUGCUAACGAAGUGUCUGCAGACCACUCGGCGUACGUCAACCAGUGGGCGUUCCUUUCCGAGAAGGUAAUUCACGGCACUCCCUCGGGCGUGGAUAACUCAGUUGCCGUCCACGGCGGCGCUAUCGCCUUUACCCGUGCUCACCCUAGCAACACGCUCACUGUCAACUCGAUGGAAAAGCUCAAGGGUUUCUCGUCGUUCCGUUUCCUCAUCGUCGACAGCUGUGUUGGGCGCGAGGGCAAGAAGCUCAUCGCCCACGUUGCCUCUCAGAAGGAGUCUGACCCGACCCGCGUCAACGCCGCUCUGGCGCGCAUCCAGACGAUCGCCGACGCGGCCAAGCACCUUCUCAGCGGCAGCUCGGGUCUCGAGCGCACGCAGCUCGUCGCACAGCUGCGCGAUCUCAUCAAACAAAAUCACACGGAACUCGUUGGAUUGGAAGUGAGCCACCCGGCGCUCGAACUGAUCAAGAACAAGACGGAGAGCUUCGCCCCCACGGAGCUGGCGACCAAGCUCACGGGCGCCGGUGGCGGAGGCUGUGCUGUCACGCUCCUCCCGGACGACUUCCCGGAGGAACAGGUGCGCGAGCUGAUCAGCGAGCUCGAGAAUGCCGGGUUCAAGUGCUACGAGACGCGCGUGGGUGGCGGUGGGUUUGGCGUCAAGCUGCUCCAGAGCGGCGAGGAGGAGGCCGAGGCAAAAAUGAGGUUCCAGCAGGCCAACCAGAGUCAGGAGCUGGCUGCUUGGGUUGAUGGACAGGAUGGGUGGGUUUUCGCUUAG